AUGUCUGAAGUUGCCGCUGUCACGACGACCGACGCAAUCGCAUCCAACGUUGCUUCACCACGCGCUGGUACGAAGAAAAAGUCGGGAGAAGCUAAACCGAAGCCGAAACUACCACGGACCCAUCCACCGAUGUCGGAAAUGGUGACCACUGCCAUCGAAACGUUGAAAGGUGGACGCCACGGAUCGUCCCUGCAGGCCAUCAAGAAGUACAUCGGGGCCAACUACAAGUGCGAUGUCGUCAAGCUGGCUCCAUUCCUCCGGAAGGCUCUCCGGGGCGGUGUCGAGAAGGGCACCUUUGUCCAAAUCAAGGGAACGGGUGCUUCCGGAUCGUUCAAGCUGGUGAAGGCAACGGCGGCUGCGGACGCUGCUAGUCACACCAGCCGGAAAGCAAAAGUCCAAGAUGACACCACCAUGAAGACGACAGCGAAACAGAGGAAGAAGAAGAAGGUGGCAGUGCCCAAGAAAAGCGCCACCGCCGCGAGUGGACGCGUGGGAAAACCUGCUACCGUCAAGCAGAAGGCCACCAAACACGCGAAAACCAGAUCUCCGCCGCCAAGAAAGCUUCUUCUCCCGCUGCUGUACCGAAAAAGGCUGCCGCUGGUGGUGCACUGGCAUCGAGCGAACGAAAGGCGGUGCCAGAAAGCGGUCACCAAUGGUACCGAUCACCGAAGGGGCGGUCCCUCGGUCUGCAUUGCGCUGGGAUACUGGCAAGCCGAUGGCAGUUCGAAAGAACUGAAAACGAACGACGCACCGAAGUACCACCCAAGCAUGGCACCGAAAACCGGCGGCGGCGGCGGAAAGGCAGCGAAAAAGGCGGCAACGGCUGCAACGGGCAGCGGCAGCGGGAGCGGGACCAAGGCUCAGAAAAACAUCGUCAAGGGCGACAAACAACCGAAGCGGAACGCCAUCUACAGGGGAUGGACAAAAUAA